GGUAGUCGACAUAUGCCAAUCGAACGCUUCAUAGGCCUCUCGGGUGCGGAUCCUUCAUAUUUCGCUGUGCCAUGCGUCUGUGUCAUUUUGUUCGGCGUUGAGCAUUGCGAUUCCGCUUGGAGCCCUCUUUAAUUGAUUACGACGACAUCCAUGCCGCCCAUCUUCAUGAAUCAUCAGCCAAUCCCAAAGUAUCUUGACAGGCAAAACAAGAAGGGCCGACUAGAAUAAAAGAUGUCUGCUCAUUCCAAGCGAGGCCUCUGCUGGCCUAACGAGAACACCGACCCAGUCUUUGUCUUCACCAAACCUGGCUCCAAAGUAUCCUGGCUCUACAACUGGUCGCCCAAUCCCACCCAGGGUGCCCAAUCGCUCGAGUUCGUUCCCAUGCAGUGGAACCACGUCGCUAUCGACGAACUGAGCGGGAAAGUCCAGGGUGCUGGCGCCACCGGGCUUCUCGGCUUCAACGAGCCCGAACUGCCCGAUCAGUCCAAUAUGUCCGCCGAACUGGCCGCUGCCGAAUGGGUGCGCUGCAUGGAGCCGCUGCGCAAGGCUGGCAUCCGGUGUGGCAGCCCGGGUAUCUCCUCGGCGCCGCAUGCGGUGGGUUGGCUGAAAGAUUUCAUGUCACGAAUCCAGGCCGCUGGGUCUGAUUUUGAUUUCUAUUGCAUUCAUUGGUAUGGAGAGACGCUGGGACAGUUCUAUGAUUACAUUUGGAGCACGCAUCAUCAACUGGGACCGGGCAAGCCGGUGUGGAUCACGGAGUACGCGUGCACAAAUUGGAACGAGCAGAGUCCACUCGCUCAGGACCAUGUUGAGAACUUCGCACAAGAAAGUGUCAGAUAUCUCGAUACACUGGAUUGGGUAGAGCGGUACGCAUGGUUUGGUCCGAUGAGAAACACAGGUACAGUGGGCAAGUGGGCCAGGAUGUUGGACGACGAAGGCAAAUUGACGGCUCUGGGAAAGGCCUAUAGAGAUGCGUGACAAUGGAACCAAUAGGGAGGCGUGUGACGAGUGAGACAUGAGACGAACGAAUGGUUCCGAUGUGGCAGAGGCGAGGAUCGCUCACGAUUCUGGUCCUGCUUUUGCAGCUUCUAGAUGGGUCUCACGAAGCUGAGAGUCAAGCCCCUGUUUGCCUACUGCCAUGGCGCUUUCAAGCUCGCGUUCCUCCUCACGAAGAUCUCUUCUGGCUCGCGCCUCCUGUCUUUCUAUCACUCUCCGUUGCUCUUCAACUUUGCGCUCACGCUCUGCUAGAGCUUGCUCGCGAUGCCGCCUGUCUUCCCGUCUUCGUUCGUCUUCAAGUCUCUGUUCGUCCGUCAUAUCGCUGUCCGUGGGCGCAGGCGGCAACUUCCGUAUGUGGGAUUCGAUGACCAGAUUCCUUGUUGAGGAAGGCAAACUUAUGAAAUGGA